UUUAACCAAACCGAUGUAUAUAAACAAUCCCCAUAAAAAAAAUCUAACUUCCCCCUCUCUCUCUCCACAACUCAACUUCUCAGAUUUGUUCUGUUUCUUCCACUUCACACACCUCCAACAUGAAUUGCCUUCAAAAUCUCCCAAGAUCGUUUUCAUUUAUGUCGUUACAAAGCUUCGGAAUUCAAUCUGCAAUUCACCCGUGUUUUGUCAAUACGAUGACAAAUCAACAUGAAAAGCGUUUGAUGAAUGCUACUUGUCUCCAUAGAAGCUGUUUAGUUAAGGUAACACCUAGCUCAAGUACAUCUAUCGACAUGGAAGGUGCUAAAAGUGAAGAGAAAUCUGAUGUUUAUAGUAAUAACAUGACUGAAGCCAUGGGUGCUGUCUUGACAUAUAGACAUGAGCUAGGAAUGAACUACGACUUCAUUACUCCAGAUUUAAUCGUUGGGUCAUGUCUUCAGACUCCCGAAGAUGUUGACAAGCUUCGAAGUAUUGGAGUGAAAACCAUUUAUUGUUUGCAACAAGAUUCAGAUCUUGAAUAUUUUAGCGUGGAUAUUGGUGCUAUUCGUGAAUAUGCAUCCACUUUUAAUGACAUUCAACAUUUGCGUGCAGAAAUAAGAGACUUUGAUGCAUUUGAUAUGCGGUUGAGGCUUCCAUAUGUUGUGAGCAAAUUGCACAAAGCCAUCAAUAGAAACGGGGGAAUUACUUAUAUACAUUGCACAGCUGGCCUUGGAAGAGCUCCUGCAACCGCGCUGGCAUACAUGUUUUGGGUUCAAGGUUAUAAGCUAAAUGAUGCUGUUACUUUUCUACUGAGUAAGCGGUCGUGUUUUCCCAAAGUGGAUGCUAUAAAAAGUGCGACAGCUGACAUUCUUACUGGCCUAAAAAAGAAACCUGUCACGUUGACAUGGAAGGGCGAUAAAUCUUCUACAGUGGAAAUAUCUGGACUCGAUAUUGGGUGGGGUCAGAAAAUUCCACUGGAAUAUAACGAGAAGGAAGGCUCGUGGAUUCUCCAUAAAGAUCUACCAGAAGGGCGUUAUGAGUACAAGUAUAUUGUGGAUGGUGAAUGGCUAACUAAUGAACAUGAACUUGUUACUCCUGCCAACAAGGAUGGCCACGUCAACAACUAUAUCCAGGUAAGUGAUAAUGACCCAAAGAGCGUAAGCAGUGAAUUGUGGGGGAGAUUGGCGCGUGAUGAUUUUGAUCUAUCAACAAAUGAACGAGAGAUCAUAAGGCAGUUCCUGGACACGUGUCCAGAUGACGUGUAAGAAUGAAGUCAUAGAUACCAUUGACUGGGGUACAAAUAUGAUGGUUAACGUACAAGUUGUAGUUGCACUUUGUUAAGGCCAAUUUGGUCAUUUAGGAAUAGUAGGUACUCUAAUAAACUGUCGUGACUAACAAUAUAGAAAUGUCAUAUAAUAUUCAGUAAAUGGUAUAGUGGUUGUUAUUGUA